AUGAGGAUCACGCGCAUGCGAAUACUAGUAAGCGCGCAUAUUGCGAUCAUUGUGCAGGCACUUUGUUAUCUGGAGAACUUAUAAAUAGCUUAUGAAAUUCUGAGUUGUUCUUUUUUUAAUUCUGUAAGAUGAAAGAGUGGGGAAGGGACAGAUUUUCAAGAAUCAAUUAACUGGUGUUAUGCUGAGGCGUUAAAAUAGAAAGAGCUCUCAAUUCGUUUUCUCGCUGUGAUCUAUUCGCUUGUAUCAUAUCAAGUAGCGCAUGUAAACAGUGUGAACAAAUGCCAAAGAAUAAUUACACUAAUAGCGACAUAUUCUCAGGGGGGGCAAUGGUGUAAAAUCAAUAAAAUGAGCAUGUUGUUGAUUUUUUAUAAAGACACACAUACAAAGAAAAUGAUUAUUUAAUUGAGUGCAUAAAUAACUCGUUGGUUAACAUCACUCGAGAAAGAUGAGAUAAUUAGUGAAUAAGGAGAGAAUUGGGUGAGCAGCAUUACAAUUUUUCAAACAAACACUAGGAACAAAUAGCAACUAUUUCUGUCCGGGUGAAUAUCAGAAAAAAGAAACAUCAAAAUACAAAGAAACAGAAUCGAGAACAAGGAAGCAUUAACGUUGUGCAUAAAACUUGCAAAUCGUCAUAAAAAGGAUUUAAAUAAUUAAUGAAAUGGAUUUAAAUAUGAUCUAAAAAUAUAAGUGUAGCAAGGAAAGUCUGAAAAAAAUUUUUUCUGAAGAAAAGUAAAAAGGGCUGUAUGUGUUACUCAUCGAUAAGUAAAUUAUAUUUUUACUAAAAUUAAGUAUACGUAGAGAAAAACGGAAUUAAAGUAUAAACUAGAGCAGCAGCUUUGAAAUGUAACUGCAAAGUGAUCGAAAUAAUAAUCAGGAAAUAUCAAUUAAGAACGUGAAAUUGAAUUCAGAUAAGCGAUAAUAACACAGAAAGCAAUAAUAAUAAAAAAAUAUAGUUUGCGUUGAAUGAACAAAUAGUUUUACACAACUAUGUCUAUGACAAAAUUUGCUUUGCUCGGCCUGGUAUUAUUUUUGACAAGAGCAUCAUUGGAAUGGCAGCUGACGAAAUGUUGCCCACCAGGACAGAUCUAUGUAAACAAUUCUACCAAAUGUAUUUCAAAACCGAGUUACGCGAUAGAGGUUUAUGUUCACUAUUGGAACACUACUACAGAGCUUCAAGAAAUUCCUCAAUGCGACAAAUCUGAAGAUGUUAUGACAACACCACUCGACGAUCUCGAAUCCAACACUAUUUUAGAGGUACCAACUUGCCUUGAAACACGUCUCGAGCUAACAGGAGAAAACACCAUAAUAAUUGUUCAAUGUCAAUCAAACAAAGAUCAACAAGUGAAAGCAAUUAACACAACCUUUCCGCAGCUCUCACACGUCAGAAAAUGUUGCUUUGGCGAUUCAAUAUUUGACAGCGGCACAAAGACAUGUGUGACCCGGUUAAACGAGUCACAGAGUCUUGAAACAUUUUUGUUAAAUAAAUCGACUGACACAGAAAGUGUGGUGAUAGCCACUCAGGGCCCACCUAAAUGCAAAGGACCAAUCGUUAACUAUGAAGUUAACGAACACGAUAUCUUCCUACGAAAUAAUACAUAUUGGGUGAUGGUUCCAACUUUCAAAAAUAAUAUCAAAGAGCAACCAGUUACUGAAGAUAAUGCCUGUCUUGAAAUGACGUCGGAGUUUGCAUCUAAACAAAGAUUGAUAGUCCGUGUCUGCAGAGACCUGGAAUUCUGCGACACAAACACCUGCAUCAGAAAAUGUUGCCCCGAAGAUGAGUAUUUUUACAACGGCUACGGUUGCGAAAAACGUCCUAUGCCUAAUGAGCCAGGAGAAUUUUAUAAAGCCUUUGCGAAUGCCGUCAAUCAAACAAAUUCGUUCACUUUUAACACGACUAAAGAUUACGGAGUUUUGAUUCGGCUUCCAUGUCAUAAAAUAUCCUAUUUCAAUAAUUCAAAAAAAUGGGAAGAACAUGUGUUACUGACAUCAAAUGGACAUGUUUUUCUCCGAAAUGAUGAUAUAAAUAACAUGCACUGUUUCGACAUCAUUUAUGAUGAAUUCGACAACUUUCGUUUUGAUUUGAUUAUCUGUUCCAGAAACCUGUUAUUUGAGACUCAUAGAAGAGCUGACUGGUGGUUCGCCGUAUUGUUCAUCAAUUGUGUAUGUCUGUGUCUGACCUUGUUAGUGUAUGCGUAUCUACCAAAUCUACAGAAUCUUCAUGGCAAAAUGGUCAUCAUGUGCUAUGUGAGCAACCUCUUGUUAGACUUCAUCUUCACAUUUAUCAAUGAUUGGUAUUACAAAGUCGCGUCUGAGAAACUAAGUAGCACACUGUGCAAAUCUUUAGCUUACAUCGUACACUUUUUUAGUCUAUCGACGCAUUUCUGGCUUAAUGUCAUGUGCUUUGACAUGUGGCGGACCUUGGUAACUUUACGUGAAAAUAGUACAAGCAACCGCAAGAAUAGGAAAAGAUUUCUGUUGUACUGUUUAUAUGCAUGGGGCAUUUCUUUCUUAUUUUCAAUUCUCUUGAUUGUUGCUGAUAACACAGAUAUAUUGCCAGAUUAUUUGGAACCCAAUAUUGACAAUUCUGUAUGUUGGUUAACAUUUACAGACAAUUGGAAUUCCUACAGCGAACUAAUUUUUGCUUAUGGACCAGAGACGAUUUUGCUAAUACUCAACAUAGUGUUCUUUACUCUCACAUCGAAAUAUUAUAAUAAUGUAAAAGCGGAUAUAAAAAAUGCAAUUACGGAUCCCAGAAGCAAACUUCAUUCCAAUAGGAAGAGGUUCAUCAUAAACAUCAAGCUGUUUACCAUUAUGGGAAUGAUCUGCAUUUGUCAGACAGUAAAUUACUUGCUUUAUAAAUAUUUAGGUUACAAACACUGGGCAAUGCUAGUGUUUUACUACAUCAACACUGUCUAUGAUAGUAUUCAAGGUUUACUGAUUUUCAUUCUUUUCGUUUUGAAAAAAAGCGUGUAUCAAGCAAUUCGCAGACGAUUGGGAUUAUAAGAUAUCAAAUAAAAUCAACAUGCAACCUAACAUGAUUGUUCACUUAUACGGUCAGGAAAAGUGUGAUUAGUAGUAUUUUUUAUUUUAUUUACACGACUUAUUUUUUAAAAAGAAGUAGAUAUUUAGUCAUAUUAAGAAUUUGAGAUCGGAGAGAGAGAGAAAGAGAAUAACGAUAAGAAAGAGUAACAAUUCAAAUAGGAAAACAGAUGGACUAUUCCAGGAGUUAAUCUGGAAGAGAUGGUUCCUUGAUUAGCGGUACCACAAAUUGAAUAGAGGAGAGAAACAAGUGCAGAGGCCCGAUUGCGCAUAUUAACGAUCGAACACGAUAGCAUUUUCCGAUUGGACGCGAUUCUGGUCGAACACGAAUAUCAAAAUAAGUGGACAGAGGAUGAGAUGAAAGAUUCACCAGACAUUCUAUGUAACCGUUGAACGGCUUUUUAUUAUCGAGAUCAAAUGAUUCUCCGAGGUUUGUCCAAAUGCAAGAAAGUAAAUCAGCAAUAAGCAUCUUGACGAUUGGCCCGUUAUUAAGAAGUUUGGAAGUGAGAGCCGUUGGCAGCGAGCCUCGCACAAGAAGAUUAAAAUCCCGCAAGUGGACUUGGUCGGUCAACCAAUAAAUUUUACAAUCCAUCUCUCUCUUUGUCUCAGGACAGUACAUUUUUAUUGUUAUUUUUUUUACACACUAUUUGAUGUAUCAAACGCGUUAAUUAUAGUACGAUUCUCUUAACGCAUUGCCGGAGGAUGAGAAUAGGGUUUUUUUUUUUGUCAAUAAUAGAAACGUACGGUAGUAAAGAUGUUGCUACGUCCGGCAUUAUUCAGUGGGCUAAUUAAGCUUCCACCGUGAGGAACCGCUUUGACGUGGCGGUGGGGCUUAUGCGUGGUAUAUGCGUGUGUAGCUAUGUAGAGCCACACAAAAAAAAGUGUCAUGUCCGAGAGAUUAAACCUAUAUAUUUUUAUGUGUUUUGAGGCUCUGAAACUGAAUAUGAGCUUAGAAUUGUUCCAUCAGAUCAAGAUUUUUUUACACUCAAAAAAUUGCUAAACGUUCCUUAAAAUUACACACUAUUAAAUUCGGUAAAAAAAAUCCUGACUUGAUGGAGCAAUUCUGAAAUCAGUCAAAAUAUAUAGAGAUACAUAGGUGUAGUCUCUCGGACAUGACACUUUUGUAUUUCUGUGUUUUUUGAGGCUCUGUAACCGAAUAUAACUUCAGAAUU